AUGACGUUUUCUGCCGAAAAGAACCAGCUUUUAGGUCCAUUGCCUUUUUGGCUUGACAAAUGGAACCAGGUUGAUUCUAUAUUGCUUCCGAACAAUCAAUUUUCGGAGCGAAUACCAGUUGAGAUUGGCAAUUGUUUUCUGUUGAGUCACAUAAGUUUGGGCAGCAUUUUGUCGACUAGUGAGAUUCAUAAAGAUCUCUGCAAUGCUAUUUCACUUACAGAGAUUGAGCUUGACCAUAAUUUUCUCACUAUGAAUAUUGAUGAUACUUUUCCGAAAUGUAACAAUUUGACACAGUUUGUUUUGUUUCAUAAUCAGAUGGGCAAGCCAGCUGCUGAUCCCAAAAUGCAUAAUUUUCUUCCAGCAGAAUGUUAUGAAUUGAUUGAACCUCCUCUUUUAGCUGAAAGAAUUCCACCUACUAGUGAAUGGAAGGAUGACACUCAAUGA